CACACGUAGCUUACAGCUUGGUUUUUAGUACACCCACAGGCCACAGUUGAUGAAUUCAAUGGCGAAAGUGGGAGAGAGCAGUAGUUCAAGAUGGUCUCUUUCUGGGAUGACCGCCCUCGUCACCGGAGGAACUCGUGGAAUCGGGCGUGCAGUAGUGGAGGAGCUAGCUGGAUUAGGCGCCAGUGUUUACACCUGUUCAAGAAAGGAAGAAGAGCUGAACCAGCGCCUGCAAGAAUGGGCUUCUAAAGGUCUCAAAGUCUCCGGUUCUGUCUGCGAUCUAUCCUCUGCAGACCAGCGGCUCCUGCUCUCCCACAAGGUUUCCUCCACCUUUGAUGGCAAGCUCAACAUUCUUAUCAACAAUGUUGGGACAAACAUCAAGAAGUCCACAGCUGAGUACACUAUGGAAGAAUACUCUUUAAUCAUGGCUACCAACUUAGAGUCUUCUUACCAUUUGUCUCAGCUUGCGUACCCUCUCUUGAAAGCAUCUGGAGCUGGAUGCAUUGUCUUUGUCUCCUCUGUUGCUGGCUUGGUACACAUAUAUACGGGAUCAAUCUAUGGAGCAACCAAAGGGGCUAUGAAUCAGCUUACCAAGAAUUUGGCUUGCGAAUGGGCAAAAGAUAACAUUAGGGUCAAUUCCGUUGCCCCUUGGUAUAUCAGAACCUCGCUUGUGCAACAUGUUCUUGAGAAGGAGGAGUUUAUGGAUAGGGUGAUAUCCAGGACUCCUUUCAGGCGGAUCGGGGAACCAGAAGAGGUUUCAUCAGUGGUUGCUUUCCUGUGUCUUCCUUCAGCUUCUUAUGUGACUGGGCAGAUUAUAGCUGUUGAUGGUGGUUUUACAGUGAAUGGGUUUGAAUGAGAAUCAAAAACUGGUUUCAAUUCCUUCCAUGUUCAUCAUGUGUGUUUAGUUAGUGUCUUUGAUCUGCCAUUUGCAGUUCUGUGGUUUCUUUGUGAACCAGUUCUAGCUGAAUCAAGUUGACAGUAUUAAUAAUGCAUAUAUAUGCACAAUACUAUCUUCUCAUA